AAACCCCCUUUUUUGUUCGUGAAACCAUCAGCCCCCACGACCUCCAUCGCCGGCGACGACCCGCAGCGGCGCGGCCCCGACCUGUGACGAAGCAGCGCACGAACCCCCUCGCCCUCUCCUCUCUCCGGCGAGGCAGCAGACGAUCGGCGACCGACUGCUUGCGACGCUCUCCGGCGACCCACUUUCGCGUUGAAUUCAAGCUUGAAGUAGCAGAUUAUAGAAUCUAUCCCAGCUGAUAAUAUAGAGUAGCUCGUAGCUCGCUGUAAAGGUCUUCAAUAUGGCGAGUGGACCUGGGCUUGAAUCUCUGGUUGAUCAAACAAUAUCGGUUAUCACAAAUGACGGCCGCAAUAUAGUGGGGGUGUUGAAAGGAUUUGACCAGGCUACAAAUAUUAUCCUUGAUGAAUCUCAUGAGCGUGUUUACUCAACCAAGGAAGGCGUUCAGCAACUUGUAUUGGGUCUAUAUAUAAUCCGAGGCGACAAUAUAAGCAUUGUUGGGGAGCUAGAUGAGGAACUUGAUUCUAAUCUCGACUUGUCAAAAUUGCGAGCUCAUCCUCUGAAGCCUGUGAUUCAUUAAUUGGAUCUGUUUAUUCUGAGUCAUGUUGCUUCCAUUAAUAAGUGAAGCUGUUUAAGUUUUUUGCUUUGACCUUUCAUCACAUUUUCCAGCUUGUUUAUAUAGCGGGUAUUAUUUUAUGAAUAUGGAUAUUAAAUAGGAUAUUUACAACCUGUUUGGUAA